AUGGGAUUGCGGCCAAUUCAUUUAGUCUUUUAAUGAGAUUUGUUGAUAGCAUUGUGAACGUAACAUUAAAAUGGUUAUCAGUUGAACUUCUUUAGGUAGGGUUGUAGGUUCCGGGCAAGUAGUUACCUUGUCAGCAUAAGCUCCAUUCGGGAAAAUUGAUGAAAAGUUUAGUGUUUUGUUAUUUUUGCGACGGAAAAUUCCACAUAAUAUCAACUCAGAAUCAUGGCCUGAAUCAUGCCUCAAAGUUUUCGUUACGAUGUCACUAACACCCUGUAUAAAAAAUGGAGUUGGGACAGGUCACCAAACUCAAAUUUCGAUAUUGCCCUAACACAAUCCAGUGCUGUAGUAAACAUAAAAUAUAUUAGAAUUAUGCGUUUUUAAAUUAUGCGAUUUUAUACCUUUAUUCUCAACGCGGACAAGUAAAAUUAUGAAUUGGGAUAUUCAUCCUAAUACAGAAUAAAAAAAUCGUAUGGACAGAGAGAGAAUCCAAUAUUAGCUAACACCUGUACGUUAGAAGAGGCAACCCUCAGACGAUAUAAAAGGCGUACUGAGACCUUUUGAAUGGUUAGAACGCAGUCGCAAUGAAGAUCAAUUUUGUUGGUCAUACUAUAUUGGUAAUAGUACUGGUGUUGUUGGAAACAUCUACUCCUCAAACUACCACCACAGUGGUCUCAAGAUCGACUUACGACCCAAACUUCGGCGGGCCCCCAACCAAAACGACCGUUACCAUGACAACUGGGAACGGAACAAACAGCACAAAUACUACGUUGGCAACGCUAACUGUGCCUCUUGAUGCGGACAGGAUGGACAUCAACCAUGAAGACUUGCGUAACCUUCUAUUUAUGGACCUCGGUACUUGGUCAGAUCAAAACUUCUAUUACUACAAUAGACAGAAUAUGCGAGUGUCGACCAAAAAAACCGACCAUGAAUCCGACAACUGCUUCAAAGAAUACUUUCGCUGUGUCGGCAAUCAAGUGUUCCCUUCAUUCAUAUGUGCGACAAAUGAGAUGACGGAGAACGGCGCCAAUUGGAACACGUAUUGCGAAGUAUAUCUCGACAAUUGUAGGAAAAGAAUGCGUUAUUGGUACAUCGUCGACGUCGGCUACUGUCAGGGUUAUGGGAAUAAUCAGUGGUUCAGUAAAGUCAUCCCAACUCAAAAGGGGAAACCAAAUGACCCGUGGAUUUGGGAUCCUAACUACCCCUAUUAAGCUUCUUGUACAGUCAUGAGCAAUAUCAUGUACCCACUUUAGAACCCUGUCGCCCUAUCAUAUUUGAUAUUUAAUGAGACUUACGGUUUAAUAUGCAAAAAAAGUUAAUGUGAUAUGGUUUCAAAGUAUACAUAUUAGUACUCGUGACCGUACGUAGGCGGCCAUAAUACAUAAAUAUAAAGAGCAUGGAUUUACUACUACCGUAGAUUGAACAUCAGCGCUCAAAAAGUGGGACGCAAAGUUACUGUUAAUAUAGCGACGUCGACAGUACUUUACCUCAGUGCGCGAUUAGGCGCCGAACUGGCAACACGGGGAAGUGCGUGGGAAAAAUCUUGCAAAAAUAGAAGCUCAAAGCGAAAAAAGAAGGAUGGAACAUCAUAUUUUCUAAUAAGUAAUGACAUUGUGCAUGUUAUCAUAGUAUAAACAUUUUAAUUUUCGCAGUAUAAUCCACCAAAAUUAAAUUUUUAGUACUUAUAAAAUACACUAAAACAAUUACUCCCGGUCAAUUCGAGUCGCAGUAUAACCCGACCGCGUUACGAAGCACCACGCGCUAAUAUAAUAUGUAAUUACACGAUGCGUAAGUACUUUCUUAAUUUGACAUGAUUUUAUUGAAUGUAUAUGUCACCGUAAAAUUGUAAAUAACGUUAGAUUAUAAUCUAUCUUCGCGAUAUUGUGAACUGUCGAGAAAUUGUGAAACGUAAUAUACUGCUUACAAUUUAACGUAUUAUUAUUCGUCAGAUUAUAAUCUAUCGAAGUAAAACUGUUAAAUCACAAUCUUACAAUUGUCAAAUUGUCAACUGUCCGACGGCUGUCCCUGAUUGGUCAGCCUUACAGUAGACCGUUCUGUGUCCAUAGAGUUAGGAAUAAAACACAGGUGUCAGUCAAAUAAAAUAAAUGCUCUUCAAGAUUGUGAAAUCAAGUACGUAUUUAUUAAUUAUUUAGUAAGUAAUCAAUAAUUCUGACAUCACAUGGUAAGAAAAAAUGUAUCAAAAUUAAAAAAUCUGAAACGUAUUAUUCAGUAUACUUUUCGUGUGUAAGAUAAACAUGCUGGCGGCAUAGGGGUGGCCCAAGGGCCACCCCCGCCGCACCCUAACCUACUGUUAUGCCUUGUAAAAAUUAUGACAAAACACUAUUAUUCUAAAAAAGAAUUAUGGAUAUCUAUUUAUUAAUCCCAAAAAUAAGUUAUACCUAACAAACCAGUAUUCCUAGAUGUUAUUAUGGGAAAGUAAAACUAUUAUGCUAAAAAACGUUAUGCAAAAAGGAUUAUGAUAAUUAAAAUUAUGACAAAAACAUUUAUGCAUUUUAAGAGAAUCCCAAAUUAACAUUAUGCUGACUCUAAUAGUUUUGUAACUCUAUGGUAUAGCACGCGAGGUGCGUUUCGUAUCACAAUUUGACGGUUUCACUUCGAUAAAUUAUAAUCUACCGAAAAAUAAUACGUUUAAUUGUAAGCAAUAUGAUACGAUUCAUAAUUAUUCGACAGUUCACAAUCUCGCGAGAUUCAAAUCGAUAGAUUAUAAUCUAACGUUAUUUACAAUUUUGCGGUGACAUAUAUACCGCUGUGUACGAAUGUAUAGCUAAACAAGCGCCAAGUUUAUGCCGCAUUUUUGUUUCAAGCGCUGUAUCUACGGUAGUGGUAAAUCAAUGAUAAACAGCCCAUACAGGGUGUUAGUGACAUCGUAAUGAAAACUUUGAGAGAUGACGAUUCAGACCAUGGUUCUGAGUUGAUAGUAAGUAGAAUUUUCCGUCGCAAAAAUAUGGAACUGAAAAUAAUUAUAAAAAGAACACUAAAACUUUCAUGAAUUUUCCGACAGGAAAUUCAACUUGAUAUCAACUCAGGAUCAUGGUCUGAAUCGCCUGUAAAAGUUUUUAUGUCACUAACACCCUUUAUACAUGCCACUGCUGGGCACAGGCCUCCCCUCGAUCAACCAGAGAGGGUAUGGAGCAUACUCCACCACGCUGCUCCACUGCGGGUCGCACCAAAACUUAUUUAUUCAAGUUACAAGACUCACAAGACUCAAGACUCUUUUUUGCGUGCUACACUGCAACUGUACAAGUGUACUAUAUCCUCUGCCGAUGGUUGUCUGGCAGAGAUCGCUCUUAGCGAUAAGGCCGUCUUUGCCCACCUCAGAUUAAGUUUAUCCUGUAAAUGUUUUGUAAAUUUGUGUGCAAUAUAGUGUUUUUAUUAU